AUGUUGAUGCAUUGUGACAGUGCCCUUCUCCCUCCCACGUGGCUGUCCUACUUGGCUGGCAUCAGUGAAGUCCCAUGUGCUGACCUUGUCAUGAACGUGCCCCCAUUCCAACCCCCAUCCUGCUUCCUGCCCCUGCUCAGCCUGCAGCCCAUGAACCAACUGGACUCAGGAGCGGCCAGGGCGGUAGCCGCGGGCAGCGGUCUCGGGAGUCGGAGCUACAAGGCCGGGCGGGGCGGCGGCGGCUCUGAGGACGCCGUCUCUGCCCUGGCCACGUGUGGAGCCCGCGACCUGCGCGGACACCCGUCCCUCCCUCAGGAGCGCACUCGGCCGCUCCUGCGCCCCGGCCGCGGGCGUCCUCCUCGCAGGCGUCCCUCGCACCCCGACCUGCUCUCCUCGCCGCCGGCUCUGCCGACACCGCAGGCGCCGGCUUCUCCCCUUGCAGGCCCCUCGGCGCCGGCUUCCCCGCGCCGCCUCCCGCGAGCCUCCCGCCCCCGCCCCUUCCCUCUCCCAGCCGCAUCCUGGAACUCAGUCUCUGCAAAAGUGCGGGAUAAAUGUCGCCGUGGAAAGUGCCCGGCUGGCUCUGUCGCUGCUCUCCCGACGGCGUGGUUGCUGCACAUGGAGUCUCUCCUGGAGAGCGCCGGGCUCUGCCUGCCUCGAGCCGCUGCCUACACGCUCCGGAUCGCGCUGCAGGCUCUGCACCGCUGGAGCGCCAGCUGUUGCCGGCGCCCUCCUGCUCCCGCUGCAGCCUCUGUCCCGCUCGAGCAGCUGCCUGUGCACUCCCGUCGCUGGCUCUGCACGGAUCGAGCCGCUGCCUACGCGCUCCGGAUCGAGCUGCAGGCUCUGCACCGCUGGAGAGCCGCUGCCUGCGCGCUCCUGAUCGCGCUGCAGGCUCUGCACCGCUCGAGGCGCUGCUUGCGCCAGAAACAGCUUUUACAAGAAGCGGAAGUAUUGAAAGAACAAGUGAGUGAACUUAAUAAACAGAAAAUACUAUUUGAAAACUCCAAAGUCCAGGCAGAACGAGUUCUGAGUGAUAAAGAAAAUCACAUCCAGUCUCUGGCUGAACGCUUGCUCAAGAUGACAGACUGGGCUGCUGUGCUUGGAGAAGACAUGAUGGCUGAUGACUUGGAAUUGGAGAUGAAGAGUGAAUCACAAAAGGGUGCUCGCUUAGAUGAUCUGCCAAAAGGAGCUUUGAAGAAACUGAUUCACGCUGCUAAGUUAAAUGCUUCUUUCAAAACCCUAGAAGGAGAAAGAAACCAAAUUUACACUGAGUUGUCUGAAGUAGAUAAAACAAAGGAAGAGCUUAUAGAGCAUAUUACAAAUCUCCAGACUGAACAAGCAUCUUUACAGUCAGAAAACACACAGUUGGAAAGUGAAAAUCAGAAGCUUCAGCAGAAACUUAAAGUAAUGACUGAACUGUAUCAAGAAAAUGGAAUGAAUCUCCACAGGAAGUUAAUAGCAGAGGAAAAGGACCGGUUAGAGAAGGAGGAGAAACUUUCCAAAGUAGAAGAGAAGGUGAGCCAUGCAGCUGAGGAACUGGAGACCUACAGAAGGAGAGCCAGAGAUGCGGAAGAAGAAUUGGAGAGAAGCGUUCGUUCUUAUCAAGGGCAGAUGACUUCCUAUGAGAAAGAAGCGCGUGGCAGCUGGGUGGCAGCUGAGACUGCUGAAAGACACCUCAGGUAUUUAAGGAAAGUAAAUGUUUCCAAGAGACAAAAAUUAGCUGAAAAAGAGUUUAAAUUUGAACUUUUCAAAAAAGAUCCUUAUGUAGUUGAUGUUCCAAAGACAGCAUUUGGCGGAGAGCAUUCCCCAUGUGGUGCCUCACCAGUGGGUCGACCUUCAUCCGAAACGAGAGCUUUUCUCUCUCCACUCAGACUCGCACCUUUGACUCCAGGGCGAGGAGGAGGAAGAGGCUCAAGAGGCCCAGAGAAUACUCUGGAUCACCAGAUGACCAAUGAAAGAGGAGAAUUGGGCUAUGAUAGGUUAACCGAUUCUCAUGGAGCACCUUCUGGGUUCCUGUCACCUCCGUGGGAACAGCACCGGAGGAUGAGGAUCCCUCCACCAGGCCACCCAUGUUCUGAUCCAGCUCUUCUUCCACGAAGGCAAGACGGAUUUGAUCCUGAUCCUGGUGGACCGUCUGGCCCAGCAGAACUCAAAAGUUUCAAUCUGCCUUCUUUGGAUAAAGUGGAUGGGCCAAAGCCCUCACAAAUGGAAUCCAGCAGAAAUGAUACCAAAGACGACCUUGGUAAUGUAAAUGUGCCUCAUUCAUCUGUGCCUGCUGAAAGGGAAGCAAGUGGCCCUGGCUUUGCUCCUCCACCUUUUCCUGCAAUCAGAGGUCCAUUGUUUCCAGUGGAUAGGAGGGGUCCAUUCAUGAGAAGAGAACCUCCUUUUCCUCCACCUCCUCCAGGAAGCAUGUAUGGAGCUCCUCAAAAUUAUUUUCUACCAAGGGAUUUCUCUGUGCAGCCACCACCUCCAUUUGCAAUGAGAAAUGUCUAUUCACUGAGGGGAUUUCCUCCUUAUGUUCCUCUAGGAGCUGGAUUUUCACCUCCACCCCCACAUUCUGAACCUGUGCCCCUCUCGGGCCUCUGGCCCUCUCGAGCAGCUUCCCCCACGUUCUGCCCGGCUCGAGCCACUGCCUACGCGCUCCGGAUCGAGCUGCAGGCUCUGCACCGCUGGAGCGCCAGCUGUUGCCGGCGCCCUCCUGCUCCCGCUGCAGCCUCUGUCCCGCUCGAGCAGCUGCCUGUGCACUCCCGUCGCUGGCUCUGCCCGGCUCGAGCUGCUGCCUACACGCUCCGGAUCGCGCUGCAGGCUCUGCACCGCUGGAGCGGCAGCUGUUGCCGGCGCCCUCCUGCUCCCGCUGCUGCCUCUGUCCCGCUCGAGCAGCUGCCUGUGCACUCCCGUCGCUGGCUCUGCACCGCUUGA